AUGGCGCCCGCAGCGACAAGCUCGCGGGGUCGACGCCGAGCCACCAAACGCGGCUUGCUUUGGUCCGUCGUUGAACAACGAUCUGUGAAUCUGUCGGCGCCGAGCAUAGACCCAUGUCACCCGAUGUCACCGAAGGCAACCAUCGGCGCGGUCGUCAAGGUCGGGGUCGGUCUUGUGCCUACUGCGGAGCAGACAAUCAAACCAGCUAGGCAAGUAGAAAUGGGCAGAGCAUACUGUGGCGGCGCAAGAGUGCUGCUUGCGCCUGGGCAGACCUAG